AUGAUAUGGGUCCAGGUGCCCACACUUCAUCUCCCCCCAGGGACCAGUCUCCACCCCCACCCCAGGACCUGCCCGCACCCUGGGGACCCAGCCCCCACCCUGGGGACCCCCACCCAAGGGACCAGUCUCCAUAUGGGACCCAGCCCGCACCCUGGGGACCCCCACCCUGGGACCCAGUCUCCACCCCCCACCCUGGGGACCCCCACCCAUGGGACCCAGUCUCCAUCCCCACCCCAGGACCCAGCCCGCACCCUGGGGACCCCCCACCCAUGGGACCCAGUCCCCACCCCCACGAGCCAGCGUCCGCGGCCGCAGCAGCCCCCUCCUCCCCCGGCCCCUCCACACACGCUACCCCGCUACCCCGCGGGUGCCGGCCGGGGCCUACCUCCCCCCCUCAGCAACACAGACAGACGUCAGCCGGUCCCCGGGCGCCACUCGACGGUCCGCUGCCGGCGGCGGGUCGCGGACAGCCGCCCGUGGAAUGUUCUGGAGGGCGCUCACCUGAGGGUCGGGUCUGGUCUGGUGUGGUGUGGGCGGCCUGGGCCUGAGGGUCGGCGCCUGGGGUGCGGGGCCCGGCCGGCCGGCCAGCGCGGCGACAGCGGCCUGUGGGGUGGGGAGGCUCGGCUCGGCUCGGCUCGGCGCCUGAAGGAAGAGUCUGGGGGUCGAGGCCUUGUGUCGCCGCCUGAAGGAAGAGUCGGCGCCUGGGGUCGGGGCCUUGUGUCGCCGCCUGAAGGAAGAGUCGGCGCCUGGGGUCGAGGGGAGGCGACACCACAAACCCCGCCGCCGAAAUCCCCCGGUCACACUAACCUGCUGGGCCGCAGCUCGCCCGCCCAUUGGUCACGGCCAUCCGUCCCGCCUACCCGCCCCUCCCACUCUCCACUCCCAUUGGACAGCCGCGCCGUCAAUCAGCGGCGCCCGGCAGCACGUUCGGUUGUGGACGCGCUGGGAGAGACCGGAUAUGACAUAGUACGAGCCGGAUGUAGGCUUGGGUUUUCGCAACGGUUGCUGGGGGUUGUAGUUUUUCCGUGGCACUGA